AUGCCGUCAUCGCCACUGCUGCGUGUGCCGUCGCAGCGUUUCGGUCCCCCUGUGUCUGACGUGCGCGAGUGGGGACGUAUUGAAGGGCUGGUCAGCCAGGUAUCGGGGUCGAGAGACCUCAUUCGUCGGUUGGCCAGAGAUACAGACCCGAAGUACUUGAGCAGCGCUAGUGCACUCGAGCGACCCCGUGGCCGAUCUCCAAGCCCACCGCCUCGCGAACUCAACGGCGGUGAUUCCGAAUCCCGCGAAAAGCGCCCGUUCUGGAAACGAAAGACCAGCUCAGCAGCCCAACAAGGUGGUUACAAACGGCCUCCGACCGCCGUCGCCGCCUCCUCGUCCUCCCAACUGGCGGUGCCGGCCCCCGGAGGCAGCGGAGAUGCUGCCUCCCUCUCGGGUGAUCGGAAACCGAGCAGUAUCUCCAGUCACCCCGAUCAGAUCGAGGAGAUUCACGAACAUCUUCUGACCGUUCUCCGGGACUUGGAUCAUGCCGUGAGCGAGUUCUCAACUCUGAUCGCGGAGGGCAAACAGCGGCAACAGCGGCAGCAUCAACCCAGUCUGCCCAUUCAAUCCCGUCGCAGCUUUGAGUCGGACGUGUCGCAGGAAUUCUUCGACGCCGACGACGGUGGUGAUGCGUCCCCGCUGUUGACUAUCCAGGACAGCGACGACGAAGGCGCCGAUGGCGCCAAGAACGCCGACGCUGCGACGUCCAAGGCCGAGGAAGAUGUAGUGAUUGACGAUGCACCUUCAGACAGCGAGGAUGAAGAGUCCGACGUCCCCGCACCCAAUAGCGACCGCUUCUCCUCCUUGUUCCCCGUUCGUCCUAAGUCUCUCACUCCGCUGCCGCUCAGCAAAGUGUCUCGUCGCUCAAACAUCCCUGCUCCCACAGUGAUGCCCCCUAGUCUGAUUGGAUUCCUCCGCAAGAAUGUUGGAAAGGAUCUGUCGCAAAUCUCCAUGCCGGUGUCUUCCAAUGAACCGCUUUCUCUUCUACAAAGAGCGGCCGAGGUAGUGGAGUAUUCGGCACUCCUCGACCAUGCGGCCAGCGCUUCUGAUCCUGUUGAGCGACUGGUCUACGUGACGGCAUUCGCCCUUUCGUCGUUGUCCAACGGCCGAGUCCGCGAGCGCGCCAUCCGCAAACCCUUCAACCCCAUGCUCGGCGAGACGUACGAACUUGUCCGCGAAGACCUGGGAUUUCGGUUCAUCGCCGAGAAGGUCUCGCACCGGCCUGUGCAGCUCGCGUACCAGGCGGAUAGCAAGGACUGGAGUCUUUCCCAAUCCCCUAUGCCGACUCAGAAGUUCUGGGGCAAGUCGGCCGAAAUCAUAACGGACGGCAAGAUGCGCCUGACCCUGCAUACCACCGGCGAGCAUUUUAGCUGGUCCUCGGCCACCUGUUUCCUGCGCAACAUCAUCGCCGGCGAGAAGUAUGUCGAGCCGGUCGGUGAGAUGUCACUGGCCAACGAAACUAGCGGCCAGAAGACCGUCUCCGUCUUCAAGGCCGGCGGCAUGUUCUCCGGUCGUAGCGAGGAGGUCAGCACCAAGGCCGUGGACUCGUCCGGCCGCGAGCUUCCCCUGGGUCUCACCGGCACCUGGACUACCUCACUCCAACUCACCAAGAACGGCUCGUCCACGAGCACCACGGUCUGGAAGGCCGGUCCGCUGGUGUCCAACGCACCCAAGCAUUACGGGCUCACCACGUUCGCCUCGGCCCUCAACGAAAUCACCCCCAUCGAAGCGAACAAGCUCCCGCCGACCGACUCGCGUCUGCGUCCGGAUCAACGAGCCCUGGAGGACGGCGACGUGGAUCUCGCCGAGGAAGUCAAAGUGAAGCAAGAAGAAGGCCAGCGAGCGCGUCGCCGCGAGAUGGAAGCCGCAGGCGAAUCGUGGACCCCGCGGUGGUUCACCCGCGCCGAUGAUGACAACAGCGACGAAGUUGCCUGGCGCUUGAAAUCCGGCAAGGACGGAUACUGGGAGGAACGGUCUCGAGGGAGCUGGUCCGGUGUUAUUCCGGUGUUUGAGCCAUAA